AUGGGACAGGUGCCGACGGUGCAUGCCUGGGGCAGGAGUGAUCACGUGAGGCAGGGCUCCAAGGAGCUGGCGGAUGUGUGUGACGGUGCGGAUACCUUGGUCAUGGAUUUCGAGGGCGGCCAUCAUCUGCCCCUGACGGAUGGCGAGGCGGACGAGCUCUGUGGCUUGAUUGUUGACGCGUGGCAUGCCGGGGGUGGCAAGGAUCAGAAGGGCUUGGUCAAUAGAUUAGGGGUCAGGGUUGAGUAG